UUAUGUCUUGGUAGAGUUUAACGGACUUUGAAUAAUCCCCAUCUGAAUGGUUGGAUCCUCUGCUCAUUGACCAUCCUGGCCGUUUAGCUCCCGUUCUCGGUCGAAUCAAUCCAGUUCUUCGGUUCCAACAUGGGGCUAUUAGUUGGUCAGGGGCUGGGUGCUUGACCUCUUCUGACUACUCACCUCCCACAACAAUCCUGCCUAAUUAAUGUCUUCAGCGGCUUGGUGGCCUUGGUGGUGGUGCACGUUACCUCGCGGCGCUAAUGCCUGUCCCUUCAUCACCGAUGGAUGACAUGGCCAGCUGUGGUCGUCUAUGCCUUGUGACGACGUAAAACCCUGUCCGGUCUCUAAGUUAUAAGUUGCCUGCCCGUCCGUCCCAAGUUGGGAAAUUUUAGGGUAUAGGCAUUCUGGCUGUGCCAUCACCACGCGAAAUUUUUUUUUACUUCAAUAUGCGGUUCCAGACGUUCCUUACGGCUGUUAUCAGCCUCACCAUUGGUGUAAAUGCUUACUGGCUCGAAGAUGUAAAGCACCAAGGUGUUGCCCCAUUCGCUGGCGAUGGAUAUACGGUGUUCCGUAACGUGAAGGACUUUGGUGCUAAGGGAGAUGGUACCACGGAUGAUACUGACGCGAUCACCAAGGCCAUGAACUCUCCUGACAACAGAUGUCUACAGGGAUGUGCAUCCACCACGACGACACCGGCGGUUGUCUACUUCCCGUCCGGAACCUACCUGAUUUCUUCUUCUAUCGUGCCUCCUUAUUUCACACAGCUAGUUGGUGACCCGACCGACCGUCCGGUGCUUAAGGGCACCGCCGACUUCAAGGGGUUCGGUUUGGUUGAUGGAAACCCGUACUAUACUGAGAACUUGAACUGGAUAUCUACAAAUGUCUUCUACCGUCAAAUGCGCAACUUCGUCAUCGAUACCACCGGCAUCGCACCGGCUACCGCUGCGACUGGUAUCCACUGGCCUACUUCGCAAGCGACUAGCCUUAUUAACAUUGAGUUCAACAUGCCUACGGACCCCAGCGUUAUCCACGUCGGUUUGUUCAUUGAGAGCGGUUCUGGCGGUUUCAUGAGUGACCUGACCUUCAACGGUGGCGCUACUGGUGCUUCCAUGGGUAACCAGCAGUACACCAUGAGGAACUUGGUCUUCAACAACGCUCAAACGGCUAUCAUUCAACUCUGGAGCUGGGGCUGGACCUACAUUGGACUACAGAUCAACAGCUGCCAGACUGGUAUCAACAUUACCGCUGGUGGAUCUGAUGCGCUUAACGUUGGUUCGAUCACAGUCAUCGACAGUGCUUUCAAGGAUACCCCCGUCGGUAUUGCUACCGCCUUCCAGACUGGCUCAAAGCCCGACACUGGUGCUAGCGUCAUCCUAGAGAACUUGAGUCUUUCGAAUGUCCCGACCGCAGUUCAGGGCCCGAGCGGCUCAAUCCUCGAAGGAGGCUCUACCACUAUUGCUGGAUGGGGUCAAGGCCACCAAUACACUCCUGAUGGUCCUAGCACCCUCCAGGACACCAUCACUCCCAACACUAGACCUGCUUCUCUUACUACUGACAGCGGAUAUUACUCUCGAUCUAAGCCUCAAUAUGAGGACCUUACCGCAUCCGAUAUUGUCAGCGCCCGAGACUCUGGUGCCAAGGGUGAUGCUUCCACUGAUGAUACCAAAGCUCUUCAAGAUGCUAUCAACAGCGCUGCUUCCGGCAACAAGGUUCUCUUCCUUGACUACGGUAUCUACAAGGUCACCUCGACCUUGAGCAUCCCAUCAGGGGCCAAGAUCGUCGGAGAAGGUUACCCUAUUAUUGUAGCUAGUGGUGAUGCUUUCAGUGACAUGAGCAACCCCAAGCCCUUGCUACAAGUCGGAGCCAACUCUGGUGACCAAGGUCAAGUUGAGUUCUCGGACUUCGUCGUCGGAACCCAAGGACCCGCCCCGGGUGCUACUCUUAUUGAGUGGAACUUGGCUUCGGCAGCUGGUACUCCUUCUGGUAUGUGGGAUGUCCACGCCAGAGUUGGUGGAUUCCAGGGCUCCAACUUCCAAGUUGCCCAGUGCCCCAAGAACCCCGGCUCCAGCACCGUCGACGCCAACUGCAUUGGUGCGUACAUGCAGAUGCACGUCACCGAGAAGGCAACCAACUUGUACAUGGAGAACACUUGGCUAUGGACUGCGGACCACGAUAUUGAGGAUUCUAACAACACCCAAAUCACCGUCUACUCUGGCCGAGGUCUUCUCAUCGACUCCACUGUUGGCAACUUCUGGCUUGUCGGUACUGCUGUUGAGCACAACAACUUGUACAACUACCAGUUCGUCAACACUAAGAACAUUUUCGCCAGCAUGCUCCAGACCGAGACGCCGUACUACCAGCCCACACCUGAUGCUACCGAGCCCUUCCCUGUAGUCACCGCUCUCUCCGACCCCGACUUCAAGACAUCUUGCGCUGGUGUCUCAGGAAACUGCGCUAACGCAUGGGGUCUACGUAUCGUCGACUCGUCGGAUAUCUUCAUCUACGGUGCGGGUCACUACUCGUUCUUCGACCAAUACAGCACGACCUGCUCCACCGUCGACGCAGGCGAGAACUGCCAAGCGCGCAUCGUCUCCCUUGAGGGAUCGACCAGCAACGUCAACGUAUACGCGUUGAACACGAUCGGCUCCUUAAGCAUGAUCGACCAAGAUGGCAAGAGCCUUGCUAAGUGGCAGGACAACGUCAACGUCUUCCCCGCGAACGUCAUUCUGUUCCGGACCUCUUAGAAAUCGGUCGAACUGCAAUGUCAUUCCUCCAACGAGGGAAGAAGCGUCUCACCAAUGAGAAGUAGCUGGUGGGGUCGUGUUAAAAACAAUCACGGAUUCAUGGGGCCUGGCAUCAUAUAUUGGGGCUAUUGUCUGGGCGGGAUCGCGUACUUUUCGAUGUAUAUCCUUCUUACUGCUUGAGUAAAUAAUUUUUUCAAUGUAUAUACUAGGCGAA